CACCGCAACCAUUUUAAAACGGAAGAACAAAACAUGAAAACAAAGAGAAACUGUCAUUCUGAAGCAAUGUCUUUUUCGAGUUCAUCCGCAGAAAAAUCGCAGAAAAUUGAAUAUUUGAUUGUGCAUGAGAACAUGUCGAUUCGCUUUCUGAAGACACCGAGUGCCGUUGAGAAGCAAGAUUGUUUCAAUCGAAGAACACUUAAUCUUCGCUGGAGCGAUUUCCAAGCAACGGGCUGAAAUAUUUGAACGACGCAUGUGAAGGCCUGACAUGGCACCAAGGACUCCUCAUUCCCAUCAGCCCUUGCUGCAGUUGUGUCCCCCGUCCUACAUGCUGUCCGCCAUGCCUGCGGUGCACCAGCGGGGUCUUCCCGCCGCGACGACGCCCCUCCCGGAGGAGUUGAAAAGAGCCCGGCCGGAAGAGCCGUCUCUGGGAACGCCGGCGUUCCGGCUGCUGCGUGCGGCGCUGCGGCGUCUCCGGGCCACGCUCUCCAGGAUCGCGGAGCGCUGCGGAGAGGUCAUGGAGGUGUGGCGUUCGGCCGCCUCCCCUGCCCUGCGUCUGCUGGGGCUCACAGGGGGAGCCCCUGCUGGCCUGGAGUGGAACUGCAACCUACAUCUGAAGGUCAUGGAUCAGGUGAUGGUCUUGGAUGAGGUGAAGGUCUUGGAUGAGGUGAAGGUCUUGGAUGAGGUGAAGGUCUUGGAUGAGGUGACGGUCAUGGAUGGGGUGAAGGUCAUGGAUGGGGUGAAGGUCAUGGAUGAGGUGAAGGUCAUGGAUGAGGUGAAGGUCAUGGAUGAGGUCAUGGAUGAGGAGCAAGUGAAGAUGAAGAUGGCGGAGGGUGGCGAGCUGGACCUCUCUGAUUGGCUGGAGUGGGAGUCUGAUGAUGAUGAGGAGUUGCCCAGCGAACCCUCAGUCCCCGCCCACAGCAGGAAGACCCCCUCGGGCCCCGGCCUGAACUCGGAGGGCGAGCAGGAGGAAGAGGAGCACAGCGAGUCGGACUGGUCAGAGGAUGAGGAUGAGUGGUCGGAGGAUGAGGAUGAUGAUGAUGAUGAUGAUGAUGAGUGGGAUGAGAGUGAUGGGAGCUCAGACUCUGGGCACUGGGGAUCCUUCCUCUGCACCAGUGACCCCUUCAACCCCUUCCACCUCGCCCCUCCCGCCAGGAAGAGGGGAAGCGCUCCAGGGACAGAGGAGUGGAGCGGGACCAGGCCUCUCCACAUCGCCGAGGGAGAGCAGGAGGAGGGAGAGAGCGAGUGGGAGGAGGAGGAGGAGGAGGAGGGAGAGCAGGAGGAGGGAGAGAGCGAGUGGGAAGAGGAGGAGGAGGAGGCAGAGGCAGAGGCAGAGAGCGACCCUCCACAGGCACAGAGGAAAGCAGGCAAAAAGGUGCGGUUCAGUGAGGAGGUGCUGGUGCGCCCCCUGGUGGCGUGGGCGUUCGCCAGCCGGGCCGCGCGGGACGGAGGCCGCUGGCUGGAGAUGGCGAGGGACCGCGACAGAUUCCGCCGGCGGCUCCAGCUGGCCGGUGACAUCAUCAGCCCCGUCCUGCAGGCCAAUCACAGAGCGAGUGUGUGGGGUAGGGUCCGCUGACCUGAACUCUGCACCACGUCGUUUAAAAAGCUCUUUUUAUAUGCAUUACUUUUUAUUGUAUUUAUUAUGAAACCUUUUUGUAUAUAUUGUAUUGUGAACUUGAAUCUAUGUAUUUGUAUUAAAAAAAAACAUGGAAAAAAUAAAACUAGGCUGAAGUA